GCAGCAGCAGCAGCAACGUUAGUGUUGCAGUAUAGUAGCGGCCUGCGUUACAGUGUAGCGGCCUGCGUUACAGUGUAGCAGCGGGUAGUUACAGUGUAGCGGCGGCCUGCGUUACAGUGUAGCGACCGACAGCCCAGACCACGUUGCAACAUGAAGUACAUCAUCGGCAUUGGAGGCGUGACCAACGGUGGCAAGACCACACUGACCAAUAAAAUUAGCCAAAUAUUACCCAACUGCUGCGUCGUGCACCAGGACGACUUUUACAAGACACCAGAUCAGAUAGAAGUUGGGCAAGAUGGAUUUAAACAAUGGGAUGUGAUCACGGCCCUCGACAUGGAGGCAAUGAUGAGCACUGUCAACGCUUGGAUUGACAACCCAGUAAAGUUUGCCCGCUCUCACGGGGUGGCCGUCACUCCAGCCUCCAGCGAGCCGAGCCGUCCAGAGGGAGGAGUGCAGAUAUUGAUAAUGGAAGGGUUCCUGUUGUAUAACUACAGGCCUUUGGUUUCGAUUUUCAAUCGCCGUUACUAUCUGAGCCUUUCGUAUGAAGAAUGCAAAAGGAGGAGGAGUACAAGGAACUACACUGUACCUGACCCACCUGGCUUGUUUGAUGGGCAUGUGUGGCCAAUGUAUCUAAAGCACAGGAAAGAGAUGGAGGCCAACAACGUUGAUGUUGUGUAUCUGAACGGUUUGAAGUCGAAGGAUGAUAUCUAUCUACAAGUGUAUGAAGAGAUUCAGAAUCUCAUCCUCAAUUCUUCAUAGGGACUGGUGCACUGAAGACGUGUGAGGAUGAAGAUGUAAAUAGUUGAUCUAUCUUGGAAAUUUGUCCUCUUAGAUUUCUGUAUAUAGAUUGGACAUGGUUUAAGUUAUUUCAAUCUGCCUCUUAUGGCCGUUUAUAUUUUUAAAGCUUUGUGAACUUUAUUUUUUUUUUAAUGUGGAUCAUUUCUGUAACUUUUUAUUGCUAACUGUGUAUGAUUUUUGAACAUUGUAAACUGAUGCCCACAGUAA